AUGGCUGUAAUUCCUCGCUCAGAUCCACCUUCACGGAUCCACCCCGAACCACAAACCCUAGAAAUCGACCACUUCGAUCGUCUCCCAGACUCGAUCCUCCUCCUAGUCUUCAACAGAAUCGGCGACGUGAAAGCGCUCGGCCGAUGCUGCGUCGUCUCCCGGAGAUUCCAUUCCCUCGUUCCUCAGGUCGAGAACGUCGUCGUCCGCGUUGAUUGCGUGAUCUCCGACGACGAUUCUUCUUCUCUCUCUUCAAUCAAAUCCCGCUCCGCCGCGUCGAUCUCAGCCGGAUCGUUCUCCGCCAUAUUUCGCCUCGUCGUCGGCGGCAUUGUGAAGCCGUUACAGGCUCUAGGACAAUUCCUCGGCACGAAGAGGUCGUGUGGCUCAGCUUCUUCUUCUUCUUCUCUGUCUAUCAGUGGAGACGAAGGCGGAGAGAUGGAACAAGGCGGCGUGACUCACCAUUCUCCGACGCAGGUUUUGAAAAACUUCGACGAGAUUCGUUACUUGCGAAUCGAGCUACCUAGCGGCGAGCUCGGGAUAGACGACGGAGUUCUGUUGAAAUGGAGAGCACAAUUCGGCUCAACCUUAGACAACUGCGUGAUUCUCGGCGCAUCCUCGGUGAUCCAACCGAGCCAAAUGCGAAUCUCUCAAGGCUUAGACACUACAACCACCGUUGAACCUUCCGGCGCCGCCGACGACAAUGGGAGCAUACCGGAAUCUUUUUACACAAAUGGAGGUCUAAAGCUGCGUGUUGUAUGGACGAUCAGCUCCUUGAUCGCCGCAUCAGCACGGCACUACUUGCUACAGCCAAUAAUCGCAGAGCACAAGACGCUCAACAAUUUAGUCCUCACUGAUUCCGAUGGGCAAGGUGUGCUUUGCAUGAACAGAGACCAGCUCGAGGAGCUGAGAGUGAAGCCAUUGUCAGCUUCAUCGGCUUCUAAGAGGACUCUUGUGCCUGCUCUGAACAUGAGGCUAUGGUACGCUCCGACCUUGGAAUUGCCUGAUGGAACUGUGUUAAAGGGUGCGACUUUAGUGGCGAUAAGGCCGAGCGAGUCGUCGAAGAAGGAAGUUUCUGAUAUCUCUUGGGUAUCUUCGGCUUUCGAGGAGCCGUAUGAGACAGCUGCUAAAAUGCUGGUUAAGAGAAGGACAUACUGUCUUGAAAUGAACUCGUUCUAG